AAUAUCUUUACGCAUGUGUUGUGGGGUGUAGUUUAUUCAACAGAUUCAAGACUGUGACAGUGUAGCCUACUGAAGUCUUGAAAUUGAAAGCAAAGUGGUUUAGGCUAAACAAGUGGAAAUGGCUUCCAAAUCAGAGGAGGAUUAUUGCUGUCCUGUGUGCUGUGAUAUUUACACGGAUCCUGUCAUCACAUCAUGCAGUCACAGUGUAUGUAAGACCUGUCUGGAGACGUUCUGGAAGACCAAAGGAACCAGAGAAUGUCCGGUCUGCAGGAGAAAACUUUCAAAGGAUGCAGUUAUUAACUUUGCUUUGAGAAAUGUGUGUGAAGCGUUCCUUAAAGAAAGGAGUCAGAGAGCUUCAGCAGGGUCUGAGGUGCUCUGCAGUCUGCACAGUGAGAAACUCAAGCUCUUCUGUCUGGAGGAUAAACAGCCUGUGUGUUGGGUAUGCCGAGACUCCAAACAACACACUGGUCACAAGUUCAGUCCUGUCAAUGAAGCAGCCCUUGACAGCAAGGAGGAACUGAAGAUGGCACUGCAACCCUUAAAGAUGAAACUAGAUGCCUUUAACAAGGCUAAACUCACCUGUGACAAAACAUCACAACACAUCCAGACUCAGGUUCUCAACACAGAGACACAGAUCACGCAGGAGUUUGAGAAACUUCACCAGUUUCUACGAGAUGAAGAGGCAGCCAUGAUAGCUGCACUGAGAGAGGAAGAGGAGAAGAAGAGUCAGAUGAUGAAAGAGGAGAUUGAAGUGAUGAGUAGAGAUAUCGCAUCUCUUUCAGACACAAUCAGAGGCAUAGAGGAGGAGAUGAAAGCUGAUGAUGUCACAUUCCUGCAGGUAAUUCCUGAAUGUUAUUCCAGAGAACAGUGCACAUUACAGGAUCCAGAGAAGCUUUCAGGAGCUCUGAUCAAUGUGGCAAAGCACCUGGGCAACCUGAAGUUCAGAGUCUGGGAGAAGAUGAAGGACUUGGUUCAAUACACUCCUGUCACUCUGGAUCCCAACACUGCACACCCACGACUCAUCCUGUCUGAGGAUCUGACCAGUGUGAGGCAUGUUGAUGAGAGACAGCAGCUUCCUGAUAAUCCAGAGAGAUUUGAUGUGAAUGUCUGUGUGCUGGGCUCUGAGGGCUUUAACUCAGGGACACACUGCUGGGAUGUGGAGGUUGGGGAGAGUAAUGUUUGGGACCUGGGUGUGAUGACAGAGUCUCUCCAGAGGACGGGAGACAUUAGCCAUAUAAGUGGCCAGUGGGGAGUGUUGUGUGGUGAUGGUAAAUAUGUAGCAUGGGCUCCACCUCAUGAGUAUCAUGACCUCACAGUGCAGCAGAGACCCCAGAGGAUCAGAGUGAAGCUGAACUGGGACAGAGGAGAGCUGACGUUCACUAACCCUGAUAAUAACACACACAUGCACACUUUUACACACACAUUCACUGAGAGACUGUUUCCAUUCUUUGGUGUUCACCCCUCGUUCAGGACACCAGAGGAGCUGAAGACUGCACUGCAGCCACUACAGAAGAAGCUGAAAUCACUUGAAGAGGUGAAGCUCAUCUGGGAUAAAACGGCUCAACACAUCAAGGUGUGA